AUGUUAAAAGGCAAAACUAUUUUCAUUACAGGUGCUUCAAGAGGUAUUGGUGAAGCAAUUGCAAUCGCCGCAGGUAAAGAAGGAGCAAAUGUAGUAAUUGCAGCAAAAACAGCAGAUCCACACCCAAAAUUAAAGGGUACAAUUUUUUCAGUACAAAAAGCAGUAGAAGACGCUGGUGGUAAAUGUCUUGCAUGCUCUGUGGAUAUUAGAUUUGAAGAUCAAAUUGAAGAUGCUGUUAAAAAAGCAGUUGAAAAAUUUGGUGGUAUUGAUAUUUUAAUUAAUAAUGCUUCUGCAAUCUCUUUAACUGGUACAUUGGAAACAAAUUCAAAGAAAUUUGAUUUAAUGAUGGGUGUUAAUACACGUGGUACAUAUUUAACAACACAAAAAUGUUUACCAUAUUUAUUAAAAUCAAAAACAGCUCAUGUUAUCAAUUUAUCACCACCAUUAAAUAUGGAUAAGAAAUGGUUUGCAAAUCAUCCAGCUUAUACAAUGGCAAAAUAUGGUAUGUCAAUGUGCGUGUUAGGUAUGGCUGAAGAGUUUAAGGGUAAAGUUGCAUUCAAUGCACUUUGGCCAAAAACUGCUAUCUACACUGCUGCCAUGGAAAUGUUAGGUGGUUCUGAUGUUGGUAAACAAUGUAGAACCGUAGAUAUCUUAUCAGAUUCUGUAAUGUGGAUACUCAAACAACCAAUCACAACAACUGGUAAUUUCUUUAUCGAUGAAUAUUGUGUUAAACAAGCUGGUAUCACCGAUUUAGAAAAAUACUCUAUCGUAAAAGGUGCAAAAUUAAUGAAUGAUUUCUUUUUAGAAGAUGAUGUAGAUUAUUCAAUUUUACCAACUCCAAAAUUGUAA